AUGUUGUCCUUCCUGUACACUUACCUAACCAAUCUGCCCCGAUGGCAUCUGGUGGCGAUAGUCCUAGUAGGCUAUCUCAUCUACUACUUGAUGGAAGUGGUCAAGCGCCCAAUUCUUGCCGUCUCGAACGGACCGUUCAAGAAGUACCUGCGCAAACACAUCCCCACGCUGGAGAACAAAUUCUGGCCCACGUUCUGGUGCGUGGAAAGCCGCGCACAGACCGUGUUCGCUAGCAUCAUCCGCUCGAACAUCAUGCCGCUGGUCGAGUAUAGGCGGGAAGUGUUCACCCUGAAGGAUGGUGGCGAGGUAGCGCUCGACUGGCUAGAGACGGGUUGCGAUCCCGAAUCGCCGGUCAUCAUCAUCCUGCCGGGGUUGACCGGAGAAUCGCAGGCCGAGUACAUCAAGUGCCUGGUAACGGCUGCCAACCGCAUCGGCAUCCGGACGGUCGUGUUCACCAACCGGGGGCUGGGCGGUGUCGCACUCAAGACGCCGCGCCUCUACUGUGCCUCCAACUGCGAGGAUCUGUCCGAGGUGGUGAAGCACGUGAAGCAGUCGAACCCGCACGUCCGCAUCGGUGCGACCGGCAUCUCGAUGGGUGGCCUAAUACUCGGCAACUAUCUGGCGCGCCACAGCGACGAGGCAAAAUCGAUCCUGACCGCGGCCAAAAUUAUCUCCGUACCGUGGGACGUACACAAAGGUUGUGCCAGCAUUGAGCAACCGAUACUGAACAAUCUUCUUGGCCGGCAUCUUGCCUCGAGCCUGUGCCGAACAGUGAGCAAGUACGACAUACUGCGUGGCGAAGAGUUCGAAUGGGACAUGAACCAAGUGCUUCAGAGCAAAACGAUCAAACAGUUCGACUCGGCGUUCACCUCGAAACACUUCGGCUACAAGGAUGUGGACAGCUACUACACGGACGCCACGCUUCACAACAAACUACACCAGAUCAAAGUGCCUUUGCUGUGUCUGAGUGCGGCGGACGAUCCGUUCCAGCCGCUCGAUGCGAUCCCGAUCAAGGCGGCAGCCGGCUCGUCCCACGUCGCCAUCCUGAUUACGGCGCGCGGCGGCCACAUCGGCUUCCUGGAGGGAUGGUGGCCCGCCAACAAGGACCAGUACAUGGGGCGGCUCUUCAGCCAGUACUUCUCGGCCGCCCUGUUCGAUCCGGACAAUGAGUUUUACCGCACGGCACAGCUGAUGAUGGAGCACAACCUGACCGCGUCCACGUCCGUACCGGGCUCGCCGACGAACAAAUCGGCCCUCGGUGCCGCCAGCGCGAUAAGGAAAAAGUCCAUCCCCUUUUAAAGUGGCAGAGUUGCUGCACUUACGGUGUGGUGUUGCAUUGGGUGUUGCUGUGCUCCUGACACAUCCGCUCGGCACUGGGCGGGUAUGCCUUUCUCGCUAAUGCCGUGCAGUUCCGAUGCAAAACGGAAACGUCUCGUCUUUGCUUGUCGGCAUUUCAGGCGAGCGUUACUUCUCGACCACUUCUACUGCUGCAUAGCGUUGCGCACCGUGAACAGGCACUACGCAAACGAAAGCCGUAAUGGUACGCUACUAGUUGCGCACAAACUUGCGAUACGAUUCGGGAGCUAAAUCAUCCAGACAAAAAAGGCCAGACCAUGGCUUUUUUUAGUUUGUUUUCUCUGUAGGCACAGUUAAUUAAUACGUCCAGCCGAAGUUUCCGCUUUCAGAAAGCCGCUGGUGCUAAUACGUAAGCUUGGCGACAAACCGGCCACCGGAACACAGUGUCGCAGCAAUUGGCAAAGCAUACAUAAAACCGCAUGUGAUAGAGACGAUGGGGCUAGCGCAUACAAUAAUAAACAAAUUAGAAAGCAGAAUGCUGCGGCGGCGCUGCAUGGUUAUUGCCCUUAGCCCCCUCAGCUCUCGUUAACACUUUAUCCCAAAAUGUCAUAAAAAAAACCCAAAAAAUCUAGCGAUAGGAAGCCCGUUCCCUCCCGCACAAUUUAGGGGCGAGUUGAGCAGCAAAUUAACGGAUACAUAAUUGUAGGUAGAGAAAGGAAAAAAAACAUUCGUAAUUUUUCUCAGGACUCACAUUUCAACAAACAGACCGAUACACAAAUACACACACAUCCAGAAAUUCACAGAAAACUCAAUACCCUGGUUGACCAAUGAUUGUAAGGCUUUAUCUCGAACAACGAAUAACAAAUUCCAUAGUUGCUUGCUACUGUGGUGGUGAUUACAAGCCGCUAAAUCUGGUUUCGUUUUUUUUGUUCAAUAGAAAGCAGAAAAAACCGCUAAAAUGAUGGGCAUCGUGUAUCUUAAAUAAGUAUCUCGAGAGAGAGAGAGAGAGAGAGAGAGAGAGAGAGAGAGAGAGAGAGAGAGAGAGAGAGAGAGAGAGAGAGAGAGAGAGAGAGAAAAAGAUGCCCAUUUCCGGUGGCAGAGGCUUUUAGAAGGAUAUUUGCCGGACCGAACGGAGCGUCGUGGGUGUGGUAGUGUCUUAUACAUAUUUAAAACUUUCUGCAAAUCUGCUUAGAAUAGUGAAUACCUGUGUAACAGAAGACUUAUUUUAAAUAAAGUUCGAUUUCGAGUAGAUUAGGUAGUAGAAGAUGCGCGUUAAGGGUCGACUGAGGAGGAUCACCCUUUUGUUACAGUUACAGCUGAAGUAAGUUGAGUUUCUGGUCCCUUGGUGGAUUCGCUUACGUUGCAUUCGCGUUGUGGCCACGUGUGUGCCGUUUGGCGAAGAGUGAGAAGAAAAUCGUUACUAAAUACAGCAGUAUUGUUUGUUUGGGGCGAUAGUUAAAAACUAUCGGAAGGAAGGAGAUAAGACUCGUUAGCAAAAUAGAGAGAGGCAGAGAUAGAGAGAGAGAGAGAGUUGUUAAAAAUGACGUUGUUCUAUAGAUUGCAUCAAAUUAUAUUUGCGUAAGAAGAAAAUGCAUGCAUUAAAUUGAGAUAAUAAUAAGUAGUAAAAAGCAAAGUAAAGUGCAUGAAAACCAAGCAAUCCAAUUAAUAAAACAUUAAAUGCUAGGACUAUAAAUAAUAAGAAUAAACAAGUGAAACAAGUAGGUAGCUCGAACAUGGAAUAAAUCCCAUUACAAAGGUAAG